UGUCACAAACAUUUCAAAAGCGAAUUUCAAUUUGAACGAAACGGUUACGGCGUUAAGAGUUAGUAAAUUGUUUUGAAUAAAAGAAAAAUUAAAUAAUCCCAAAACACACAAACACAGAUACAAACUCAAAAGCAAAUUUGAAAAAAAAAAAACGGAAAAUGCGCAUUUUACAGGAGAAUCAGAUCGAUUUCAUUGAUCCUUCGGAAUUAUUGAGGCCUGAGCCAACUUUCGCGGAGAAAAGUAUAUCCAAGUUCCGCGACUACAGCAUCGACGAAAAGGAUCCGCUCAAGGAGCGUGUUAGGCAAACUUACCGGCUGAUGCAUUUGAACCAAACGGUGGACUUCGUGAAAGGUCGACACGAACGCUGGCUCAAAUUUAACACAAUGAGGGCUACGGUGCGCCAAGCUUUGGAGAAACUUAACGACCUCAUAGACGAAUCUGAUCCCGAUAUAGAUUUGCCGAAUAUCGUUCAUGCCUUCCAAGCUGCCGAACGGGCCAGAGAGGAGUAUCCCGAAUUGGAUUGGCUGCAUUUGACUGCUUUAAUUCAUGAUUUGGGGAAAAUAAUGGCAUUCUACGACGAGCCGCAGUGGUGUGUGGUAGGUGACACCUUUCCCGUUGGAUGUGCCUGGGGCGACAGCAUAGUUUACAGAAAGGACAGCUUCGAAGGCAACCCGGAUGGGCAGAACCCUCUGUACAAUACCAAAUACGGUAUGUACGAACCAAAUUGCGGCGUGGACAAUCUCAUGAUGUCCUGGGGCCACGAUGAGUACAUGUAUCAAGUGCUGAAACACAACAAGACAAAACUACCAGACAUGGCCUGCAAAAUAAUACGCUUCCAUUCAUUUUACCCUUGGCACAACGGCGGAGAUUACCAGCACCUUGCUCAGCCCGAAGACGAAGAAACGAAGAAAUGGGUUCUGAUCUUCAACCGCUAUGAUUUAUACACCAAAAGUGCAAAAGUUCCCGACAUUGAAGCUCUGUGGCCCUACUACCAAGGCCUAAUAGAUAAAUACCUACCUGGAGAGUUGGAAUUCUAGAAAUAUGUAAGCUUUGAAAACUGUGCACUGUGAUCAAACAAACGACAUCGUUUCCACUUGUUUUAAGUUUGAAUGGAAAAAUGUAUAAUUUAAUUAAAAAAUCCUCAAAAUGUUUUAUUUA